AUGUCUGAGAUUACCAAAGACCAAGAUUCUUGGUUACCGAAGAAAAGGGGCAGUAUGUCAUCAGUGAGCAGCCUGGACAUCAAGAUGAAGGAGAUCCACAGCCGGGCCAAAGACUCAGUGAGCACUGUGUCUUAUGUCGAUGAGCCUGGCCGCCAUGAUGACGCUUCCCGCCCUGCAGUUCAGAUGGAAAACACCUAUCAGCUAGGCCCUGGCAAAUGUUUCCCUGUCGAUGCUGUCAAUCACAUUUUGAAGGAUGUACUAACUAAUUAUCUACAAGAAGAAAAAUAUGAGCCUGAGUUGUGUAGACAGAUGACUAAAACAGUAGCUGAGGUUGUUAAAGCCCGGGUGAAAGACCUUAUGAUCCCAAGGUAUAAACUGGUCGUAAUUAUCUACAUUGGACAACUGAAUAACCAAAGCCUACACAUUGGGAGCCGAUGUCUCUGGGAUGUUGCAAAUGACACUUUUGCAUCCUUCAUCUUCAGAAACACAUCUCUGUUUGCUCUAGCAACUGUCUAUGCUGUUUACCUUGAAUAA